UUUUCACCAAAUUAAUUAUGAAUUUUUGAUCAAACUUUGACUUCAGUAUUUCAACUUGUAAUUAAUAAAUUGACCAUGAAAUAUGUUUUAAAAUCUUUAAAUUUUCACAUAGACGUUGAAAUUUUCCAAUCGUAACCUUUCCUGUGCAAUUUGUUCGUUUAAAGAUGAUGUAAAAAAAUUCAAAAAUGUGGUAUCUUUUACGUCGACCUUUAAUUGCCUAUAAAAAACCGGUAAAUUACUUAUGCAAGCAAUGUUCGCGAAAUAUAUUCCGUCAGAAUAAUAACAAUAAAUUCUAUUUUUUGUACAAACAAAAACUUCGAACAGAUGCUUAUUUUUACAUCAUUAAAAGAGAUGCGGCUACCUCAGCUGCAAAAAGUGCUUUGCCUAAAGGUGGGAAGAAAUUCGAUAAAUCUGAAGUCAAACGAUUGAUUUCGUUGAUGAAGCCAGAAAAAUGGAAAUUGACAGGAGCAAUUGGUCUAUUAUUUAUUUCGAGUACGGUAACGAUGGCAGUUCCGUUCGCUUUGGGUAAAGUUAUCGAUGUGAUUUACACCAAAGAUUCGGCUAAAAUGCGAGAAAACUUGAACAAAUUGUGUCUAACAUUAACCGGCGUAUUCUUAUUAGGAGCUGCGUGUAAUUUUGGCAGAGUUUACUUGAUGAAUUUAUCAGGUCAACGUAUUACUAAAAAUUUACGAGAAAAAGUUUUCAAGUCGAUUAUUUCUCAAGAGACUGCGUUCUUCGAUCGUCAUCGAACGGGUGAAUUAAUCAAUAGACUAUCUGCAGAUACGUCUCUAGUUAGUCAAUCAGUUACCAUGAAUAUUUCUGACGGUCUUCGAUCUACUAUAAUGGUCGUUGCUGGCGUGUCGAUGAUGUUUUACAUGUCACCUCAACUAGCCAUAGUCGGCCUAACAGUAGUGCCUCCUGUUGCUGGACUUGCUGUGGUGUAUGGAAAAUUCGUUCGUAACAUAACAAAAUCAGUACAAGAUACUCUAGCUGACGCUAAUAACGUCGCCGAAGAACGUAUUAGUAAUAUUCGUACGGUCAAAUCAUUCAGUCGAGAAACGGCCGAAAUCGCUCGUUACCGAGAUAAAAUGGAAACCGUAUUUCAGCUCGCCAAACGAGAAGCGUUAGCCAAAGGAAUAUUCUAUGGAAUGACAGGUUUCAGUGGUAACGCAAUAAUCCUCAGUGUUUUAUAUUACGGAGGCAUCAUGGUGUCCGAAAGCAACAUAACCGUUGGCAAUUUAUCGUCAUUUUUGUUAUAUGCGGCUUACAUCGGUGUAUCGUUAGGAGGUUUAUCUAAUUUUUACUCCGAAAUGAAUCGUGGACUCGGAGCGUCUUCGAGAUUAUGGGAAUUGAUGGAUCGAGUCCCUCAGAUUCCUGUCACCGGAGGUCUAAUUCCUUCGACUGAAGUCAAGGGUGAAAUAACAUUCAAAGAUGUGAUAUUUUCGUAUCCAUCGCGAGAUCAGCAUCGUAUUUUAAAUGGUCUAAACUUAGUACUGAAUAGUGGUAAAGUUACUGCGGUUGUUGGGUCUAGUGGUAGUGGUAAAAGUACUUUAGCAGCGUUACUGCUGAGAUUAUACGAUCCUCAAGGAGGGCAAGUUAUGUUAGAUGGGAAAUCAGUACAGGAAUAUGAUCCAGUAUGGCUUCGAGGCAAUAUCGGUACGGUUAGUCAGGAGCCGGUUCUAUUUUCCGGUACAAUUCGUGAAAACAUAAUUUACGGUCAUCAUAGUCCAGAUUCAGUCACACUGGAUGAAAUAAUCGCCGUUGCUAAAGAAUCAAAUUCUUUGAAUUUUAUCGAAACGUUUCCAGAUAAAUUCGAUACUAAAGUUGGCGAAAAAGGAAUUAUGUUAUCAGGUGGACAGAAACAGAGAAUAGCGAUAGCAAGAGCGUUAAUUAAAAAACCCAAAAUACUGUUACUUGACGAAGCUACCAGCGCUUUGGAUGCAGAAAGUGAAUACUUAGUGCAGGAAGCGUUGCAACGCAUUCUAAAAGGAAGAACUGUGCUUACUAUUGCUCAUCGUCUUUCAACUAUUAAAAGUGCAGAUGUAAUCGCUGUGUUAGACAAAGGGCAAAUUUCAGAUAUCGGAACGUAUCAAGAAUUGAUUUCUAAAGAAGGCCCAUUCAAGAACCUUAUAAAGCAUCAAGCUGUUUCUAAUUAAGUUUUUUAUCGUUGUUAAUAUUUUGAAUAAAAUUUUUGAAUUUUGUUUAAU